GGAAAAUUGAGAAGAUUUUGGAAGAAUACUCUUCUCUCUAAGUUAUGAUUAUUCAAUCUCCAAAUCACAAAAUGAGAGAACCUUCUUCUUUCCAAGCUGGAUGGCUUUACUUUGGCUUGGAGAUACAAUGCCGCCACAGCGCCACUACGUUUUCAUCCGGCUGCGUCACUUACGGACCACACCUUUAGAGUUGUUUCUUUAUAUGUUGGAGAUAGCAGACACUUUUCCGGUUACAACGCCAGCUAGCUUCCGAGUCUGCUGUGACGGAUCUCGAUCGGCUGCAAACGACGUUUUCAUCCUAAUCGCCAUUAUCAUAUUUUAUGGGUUCUUGAUGAUUACCGCAGAUUCAUCACUGUAAAGCCAUUUUUUUACAAUUUCACAGCGAGACGACUUCACCAUAAUGGAUUUGUACGGAAACAUCUUAACUUUCUUUUCUUUUCUUUUUUUGUCAGUCUGGUUUGUCUGGUUUAAUUACUCAUCUCUCUCCUAUUUGUCUCUUUUAAAGAUCCCAACAUCAGUGAAUUUAAUAAUCUAUAUCUAUAUAUAAUGUUUUUGUGUAUAGUGCUUGCGGGAAUGGAGAGAUACGCAUUUAAAGGAGUUGUAUCAAACUUUGUAACAUCUAACAGAUGUAGUGAAUAUGAGUAAUUAAAUUGCAGCCAA